AUGGGAACUUCCAGAAAGGAUAUCAACUGCUUCACCUUUGAUUUAGGAACCAUCUUCCUAGCAAGUGAUCAUUCGUCGAAAAUUCUCAAGUCCUCCUCGAGUUCUAUAAGAAAACCUAGAGAGAUUGCAAUGGUGGCAAAGAGGUUUGUCAUUAAUGAAUCAGCAAUAUCAAGUCUUAGGGACAAACUAGGUUUCAAACCCACAAGGGUUGAGAUGGCGAUUUCUCUUUUGUGGAGGGCUCUAAUCAAUGCUUCUCAACAAAGAAAUGGGCAUUUAAGACCUUGCUUAUUGAUUCUUUCUAUGAAUUUACGUGGUAAGAUUGACUUUCCAAGAUAUAAAAGUUCCUUUGGAAAUUUUGCUAUUGAUGUUCCAGUCAAAUUCAUACCAGGAGGAGCAGAAACAAAAAUGGAGUUGCAAGAUUUUAUAAUAUUUCUUAAGGAUACAAUACAAAAGAAAAGCUUAUUAUUUGCUAAAGCUUCUACAUGUGACUUAUUUUCCAUGGUAGCCAAGUUUCAUGACGAAAUACAACAAUGGGAAGAUAAUGAUGAAGUGGAUGUAUUCAUGGUCUCAACCUUGUGCAGCUUUCCUGUUUAUGAAUCGAUUUUGGGUGGGGAAAACCGUGCUUGA